GGCGUGAUCCGUCUCAAUCUCCACAUCACCGUACGUGGCCCCAUGAAUACGUGUAGCUAACUGGACAAGAUUUGCGCUUAGGACAGUGAAAUUGCUGUUUUAUUCGACAAGGAUACAUAUUAAGAAGAUGGUGCUGUUAGCAGCCGCCAUUUGCACCAAGAGCGGGAAGGCUCUUGUCUCCCGCCAGUUUGUGGAGAUGACGAGAUCCCGCAUCGAGGGGCUCCUGGCCGCGUUCCCCAAGCUGAUGAACACGGGCAAGCAGCACACAUUCGUGGAGACGGAGAGCGUGAGGUACGUGUACCAACCCCUGGAGAAGCUGUACAUGCUUCUCAUCACCACAAAGACAAGUAACAUCCUUGAAGACCUGGAGACCCUGAGGUUAUUUUCCCGUGUGAUCCCAGAGUAUUGCAGAGCGAUGGAAGAAAGUGAAAUCCUUGAUCACUCCUUUGAACUCAUUUUUGCCUUUGACGAGAUCGUUGCCCUCGGCUACAGGGAGAGCGUGAACCUGGCCCAGAUCCGCACCUUCACAGAGAUGGACUCGCAUGAAGAGAAAGUAUACCAAGCGGUCAGAGAGUCUCAAGAGAAAGAAGCCAAGCAGAAAAUGCAACAACGAGCCAGGGAGCUAGCCAAGCAGAGGCAAGAAGCCAUGAGGUCGGGCAAGAGAGGUUAUGGCAGCGGAAGCGGAGGAGGGGGCGGCGGGGGCUACGGUUCAUCCAGCUCAUCGGGUAUGUCGUCGAUGUCAAGCUCGAUGUCGAUAGUCACACCAGAGAAACCUAUGGAAUCGUCAAAACCUAUCAAAUCAUCAGCCACAGGCAAGGCCAUGAAGCUGGGCAAGUCAACCAAGAGCACAGAUAUCUUUGUGGAUAAACUCAGAUUAGAAGGGGAGGAAGUCACGUCAAACGUUUCCAAGAGUAGACAGUCUUCAAAUGUCGCCAAAACUGUCACACCGGCCAGCAAAACAGAAGGAAUUCACUUGCGAGUUGAAGAGAAGAUGACCGUCUCGACAGGUAGAGAUGGCGGUCUUCAAGCUCUAGACGUCCACGGUAUGAUCACACUACGUAUCACAGACCAAAAGUACGGAAAGAUCAAGAUCGGCAUCGUGAAUAAUGACGACAAGGGAGCUCAAUUACAGACGCAUCCCAACGUGGACAAGAAGUUAUUUGCAUCUCAGUCUUGCAUCGGCAUGAAGAAUCCAGACAGACCUUUCCCAGUCAACAAUGAUGUCGGUGUCCUCAAAUGGAGGUUUCAAUCGACAGAUGAGACCUUGAUCCCCUUAUUAAUCAAUUGCUGGCCAUCGCCCAACAAUGAGGGCGGCUGUGAUGUAAACAUAGAAUACGAGCUUCUACAGGAGCACAUGGAGCUUCAAGAUGUGGUCAUUAACAUCCCCUUGCCAUCUGGUGUUGGCGCCCCCAAAGUCAGUGAAGCGGACGGCAACUACAAGCACGACUCUAGGCACAACAUGCUCGAGUGGAGCCUACAAUUGAUCGAUGCGAGCAACAAGACCGGUAGCAUGGAGUUUGCCAUCGCCGGACAACCUGAUGAUUUCUUCCCUAUAACUGUCAACUUCAUCUCCAGGAAGUCCUUCUGUGAUCUGCAGGUUGAGGAUGUUUUAUCCGUGGAAAGUGACCAGCCAGUCAAGUUUUCAUCAGAUGUCGCUCUUCUCGUGGACAAGUACGAAGUUGUAUAAAAGCAGAACACUCCACAUAUCGAAAUGUUGUAAUAUUGCCCAUUAUAUAUUGUACAGAAGUAGCUUCCCUUGUACCAUGUGACCCAAAGCAAUCAUGAUUACAAGGCUACAAAUGUGAACAGCUUA